GAUACAUCUCAGUAUUUUUGUCAAGACUGUGAUCAGUAUUUAUGUAAAUCAUGUAAAACUAUGCAUGAUAAGUUAAAAUCUUGCAAAUACCAUGUUGUUUGUAGAUAUGAUGAAAAGCAAGUCAGUCAACAAUCAAAGACACCAAUGAAGGAAAAGCCACCAGCCACUUCCGUAAAACAUCCGAAAGAUUUCUGUCCAAACCAUGAAGACGACACAGUAAAAAUUUACUGUAAAGAUUGUUUACUAGCCGUUUGCUUGCAUUGUCUCGUGACCGAUCAUAACGGACAUAAUCUGUUAGAUCUACAGAAGGAUGAAGUCAGAACUAUUAUCAGACAAGACUUAAAAACACUAAAUGGGGAUUUAGAAAAACAAAUUAACAAUUUUCAGAAACUUUAUGAUAAUUUAAAUAGUAAAUUAAUUGAAGUCAAAAACUGUACGAAAACAGAAUGUGACAAAGUAGAUGCACGGGUGGAUAAAAUAUGCUCAGAAUUUCGUAAAAUUGGAGAAAAUAUUAAAAUUGAAAUGCAAAAAAGUAGUGAUCAAGAAGAAUCCAAAUUUGUGAAAUUAAUGGGGGACAUUAUAAGACUAACAGAAGAUUUAAUAGCCAGUGUUAAAUAUUCAGUGAAUGUUUUAGAAGAUUCGUCCAUUGUUCAAGUUUUACAAAGAUUACCUAAAGUCAGACAGGAGAAAGAUGAAUUUUUUUGUAGAAAAUGUGAUAUACCUGAUGUAAGAUAUCCAACAUUUCAAGAAGCGGAGAUGGAUAAAACUUUGUUAACUAAUCAACUUGGUAAAAUUGUAAGUUGGCAUCAGAAUAUGUUUGAAGAUGUUUUUAAUGUGAAGAAUGUGGAAGAUGGUUGGUAUGAUGGAAAACAACAUGUCAUGACAGGUUUUACAUGGAGUACACAUUUGUAUAAAAACUCGUCAUCGUUACGUGUUGCAUUAAUCUUGGAUGAGGUAGAAGAUAAAAGUAAUAAGCCAUUUAAAGUUGCGGUCACAUGUAAAAUUAAAAAUAAAAAAGAUGAUAGACAAUCAGUGGUUAAACAUUAUAAUGGGACUGUUAUACCUGGCGAUUGGUUAGACUGGUGUGACCAUGUUGCAUGGAAGAGACUCAUCAAUCCUUUUAGUGGAUUUAUUGAUGAUCGCGGAAACAUUACAAUUCAAGUAACAAUUAAUAAAAUAACUAAAAUUAAGAGACGUGAAUACAUGUUAUUGUCAAAUUGUCCUCAAUGA